AUGAAUACACCAGCCUCCCGACGGCAGGGGUGGAUGGUCCGGAACACACACACUGACAGCCACAGACAUUGCCAGAGUCAGAGGACGAAGAGGGUUGACGAAGAACGAGAGGAGAGGAGAGGUGUCAGGCGCAGUGCCCGCGGGUACACAAUGCUCCUCGCUUCGAGUGCCCUCGACUCGCGCCAUGUCCCCUCCUCGAAGCGGCCUCUGGCGGGGCCUAUUCACAACUUGCACUAUUCAAUGCCACAUCUUCCACCACUCAGAAUGGACUUUACUAAAGGCUGGAUUUUUGUGCAUUAAAAAUGUUCAAUAAAAACCUAAAAAUUUCCAAAUAGACGGACAAAAACUAUAUACUGUUC